AUGUCUGACUCGUUUAAGUUGGUCAUUUGUAUUACAUCCACUGCACUCUUCGAUUGUAGUGAAUCUCACAACAUAUGGAAACAAAAAGGACUUGAAGCGUAUCAAAAAUAUCAACGUGAUCAUGUCACAGAACCUUUGAAACCUGGUGUUGGAUUUCGGCUAGUUCAAUCUUUGUUAAACUUGAAUCACAGCGCCGGCAAAGAAUUGGUCGAUGUGGUUCUUAUGUCGCGUAAUGAUAGCGUAGCAGGAAAGCAAGUUCGAAACUCCAUCAGCCACUAUAAUCUUGGUAUUACACGCAUGUCAUUCACUAGUGGUACAGAUGUUACUAGAUAUUUACAAGCUUGGGGAUGCGAUCUCUUUCUCACUACAGAAGAAGAACAAGUUCGUACAGUAUUGUCUGCUAAUGCACCGACCAUGUUUAAAGGAAUAGCAGCUGCUUUAGUAUGCAACAUUAGUGCUGAAAAAGUCGAUCUUCAGUCUGAUGGUUCAUUGUAA